AUGUCGAGUUCAGAUCAAACUGGCCCCAGCAGCAAACCGGAGUCUAGCGGGCGCUGGCAAUUCAUCGACGCUUCGAACAACAGUCGAAGCAAUUUGACGCAGGUGAAGCGUCAUGUGAUGCAAGAAUACAUGCGCCAGAAGAAAGGCAGCCCUCGACGGAGCGAAAGUGAAGAUGAAAAGAUCUCGAGUCACCCAGCAAAACGUGGACGGCCAAAGAAGAUACGAGCAGCCAAGCGCAAAUCAGCAAGAAAAGUCACCCAUGAUCGAAGCAGUUCAUCUGAGACAGAAAUUCAACCUCCGCCAGUAGCCCAAGAAGUCCCGGCGCCACCAGAAAAUGACGCCCCAGCCGAUAUUGAAGACGUGGGCCCCGACUGGACCGCGCCUGCUCCAACGUUCUUCCAUCCACCUCCUCCAGUUGUACAAGCUGAUGAUGCGAUACACCCACUGCCUUUUCGAGGCUCUCCGAUACAGCCCCAGGCCUACCAAUUUCCAGCGCCCACCUUUCUCGUUCCACCUCAUACCCAAACCUACCCCCCAGGCUAUGGGCCUGAUUUCAACAGCCCGUCUUGUUGGCAGCUCGCGCCAACAACGCAAUUCGAACCAAUGCGAUCACCCAGAACUAUCCUGAGUGCUGCAAGGACAGAUCCAUUCAACUCUCUGCCCCUCGAGCUGGAUCUCGACGGUCAGAGGCUCUUUGAUUUCUAUGUUAAUGACAUGCCCGCAUGCUCAUAUGGCACCCACUUCCGAUCGGACAAGGCACACAACUGGUACAGGGCUGUCUUUGUACCCGAGGCGAUGAAAGGCGCAGUCGCAUUCCAAAACACUAUUCUCGUUCAUGCUGCAAAUACGUGGGCCUGGGUCCGCAAUGAGGGAGAAACAGCCGAUGCUCUGUUACAUAGAGAUCGUGCUAUCACCAUGCUUCGCGAACAUAUGCUCAAUAACCCGUUUGAUGACUCGGACGUCGCUAUCAUAUCCUGUCUGAGUGCGGCUGCUCUCGAAGACUUUGACCCUCGCCCUGGCCGUAAGGUAUUCAGCUGGAUACACAUGCGCGCAGCUCGUGAUAUGAUCCGGGCGCGUGGCGGACCCGCUGCCUUUGCAAAUACUCGCUUGGGGAUGCUGAUAAAUUGGCAAGACUAUAUACUGUCCGGCUACGAGACUCGUGGUCCUAGCUUCUUCUUUGAGCCAGCCCCAACCGUUCCAACUCCCUCAUCCUCAUCGGAGGCUCCUCCUCCCCAGCCUUCCCAGAACCGCCAAUCUAUGCCGUCUCCGCCAGACUCUACAUCAUCUGUCCUUUCAGAUAGUACCGCAUGCCCAGAGACUCCUAUGGUAACAACUUCCACCCACACGUCUCCAGUCGACGAGAUUCAUCUACAAUGCGAGGAAUUUCUCGGAUUCCUCCGACGCUGCGAACAACUCGCCCUAUAUCAACAAGAUAACCCCGAAUCAUUCGAUCUGUCUCGCCAUACCUGUGUGCAGGAAACCUCCCUACUCUUUCAAAUCCUAGCCGCCGCGCCUGGAGCACGCUUCACGGCAUCAGGAGACCGAAAGCAGAUGGUCGCGCGUCUCACUUCUUUGAUGAUGCUGAACGCCGCGCUGUGGGACUACCGGUAUACACCAAUCCACGCAGGCACAUUCCUCGCAACUCUCGAGCACGCCAUGAUCGACAGCGAAGUAAGCAUGAGUGGCUCUGUCGAAGCAAUUCUACAAAUUCUUCUUGCAUGCAACGAUGGUUACAUAGGAUACUGGACAACCGGACUAGAUGGUACGGUCUCGCCUGCUUUAUCGGAGCAACUCCCCGAUUUCACGCAGUAUUCUCCAACAGGAAGCUCGCCAUCUGCGCGGCCGUGGUUUGUAGGCCGAAUGCUAAAAAUUGCGAAACGGCUGAGCGCACCAUCGUGGCAUCGCAUCAAUGAUUUCCUCUUCGCUUGUUUGACACUGCGGGUGUCUGAAUCCACCGUUUAUGAUUGGGAGCCUGAGCUGCGUCGUGAGAUCUUGGAAGCACCGUUGACGAGCUAUAUCAUGCCUUCGCUGCUUUGA